AUGGCCAGACCUAUCGAUGGACCUGGUUUUUCAGGGAACACAAAUGCAGACAGCGUGAUGCACUACAGACUCCAUUCCCCCUUUGAAGCCAGGUUCCUGCGCUUCCUCCCUUUAUCCUGGAACCCCAAGGGUAGGAUUGGGAUGCGGAUCGAAGUGUACGGAUGUGCGUACAGAUCUGAGAUGGUUAAUUUUGAUGGAAAAAGUUCCUUGCUGUACACUUUUAAUCAGAAAUCCAUGAGUUCAACAAAAGAAAUGAUUUCUUUGAAAUUUAAAAGCAGUCAGAGUGAUGGGAUUCUACUCCACAGAGAAGGACACAAUGGCAAACAUAUCACCCUGGAAUUAGUUAAAGGAAAACUCAUCUUAUUUCUUAAUUCAGGUGAUGCUAACCUGCCCCUUGCUGACACCCGUGUGACCCUCACCCUGGGCAGCCUGCUGGAUGAUGACCACUGGCAUUUCAUCCUCAUUGAACUCCUCAACAUGUACAUCAACUUCACAGUGGACAAGCACACUCAUCAUUUCCAGGCAAAGGGAGAACUCAGCUAUUUGGAUCUUGAUUAUGAGAUCAGCUUUGGAGGGAUUCCUGGACAUGGAAAACUAAUGCUGUUCUCACAUAAAAACUUCCAUGGGUGUUUUGAAAAUCUCUAUUAUAAUGGAGUGGAUAUCAUUGAUUUGUUGAAGAAACACAAACCACAGAUUCGCAUCAUGGGAAAUGUGUCCUUCUCCUGUUCACACUCUCAAAUUGUUCCUGUGACUUUUCUGAGCUCCAGGAGUUACUUGGCUCUGCCGGGCACCUCUGGACAGGACAAAGUGAUUGUCACUUUCCAAUUUCGAACAUGGAACAGAGCAGGGUUGUUGCUGAUCAAUCAGUUUCAAUAUGGUUCAGGAGCUCUUGUUCUUAUUCUUAAUGAUGGAAAACUCAAGCUGAGCCUCUCCCAGCCUGGACAUCCAGCAAGGGACAUCACAGCAGGUGAUGGCUUAGGUGAUGGACAGUGGCACUCCGUGUACUUGUCUGCUAAGAGGCAUCACCUGAGUGUGAAGGUGGAUGGUGAAGUAGCCUCAGCUGCUUAUUCCCAGCAUGAGCAGAUCGAUUCUGGAGACACCUAUUAUUUGGGGGGCUGUCCAGACAACAGCUCUGGCUCUGGAUGUGGAAACCUCCUGGGGGGUUUUCAGGGCUGCCUGAGGCUUAUCUCCAUUGGCAACAUUACUGUGGAUCCCAUCUCAGUACAGCAGGGGACGCUGGGGAGUUUUAGAGACCUUCAGAUUGACUCCUGCAGCCUCACAGACAGGUGUUUGCCCAGCUAUUGUGAACACGGAGGUGAAUGUACCCAGUCCUGGGACACCUUCUCCUGCAACUGCGCUCACACUGGCUACAUGGGAGCGACCUGCCAUUCCUCUGUCUAUGAGCAGUCAUGUGAAGCCUAUAAGCACAGAGGGAACUCUUCAGGGCUCUACUAUAUUGACUCAGAUGGAAGUGGUCCACUGGGACCAACUCUUGUAUACUGCAAUAUGACAGACCUUGCAUGGACCUCAGUACAGCACAAUGGCUCCCUCCUGGUCAGAGUCAAAAGCUUGCACGGAGAUAGCCCUCGUCCUGUGUUUUUCAAGUACACGGCCAGCAUGGACCAGCUCCAGGCCCUAAUAGACCACGCAGAUCACUGCCAACAGGAGCUGGCUUUCCACUGCAGGAAGUCCAGGCUCUCAGCUCGCCGUGAUGGAACCCCAGUGAGCUGGUGGGUUGGAAGAACCAAUGAAACACACACUUACUGGGGAGGUUCUCUGCCUGAUGCUCAGAAAUGUACUUGUGGAUUAGAGGGGAACUGCAUUGAUUCUCAAUAUCACUGCAACUGUGAUGCUGACCGGAAUGAAUGGACCAGUGACAUAGGAGUCCUUUCCCAUAAGGAACACCUGCCAGUCACUAAGGUUGUGAUGACAGACACAGGCCGACCACAUUCUGAAGCGGCUUAUGCUCUGGGACCUCUUCUCUGCCAAGGGGACAAUUCGUUUUGGAAUUCAGCUUCCUUCAACACUGAGACUUCAUACCUUCAUUUUCCUACGUUCCGUGGAGAGCUUAGUGCUGACAUGUCUUUCUUUUUUAAGACAACAGCUCCUUCUGGGGUGUUUGUGGAGUACCUGGGGAUCACAGACUUUAUCAGGCUAGAGCUACGUGCUACCUCAGAAUUGACCUUUUCCUUUGAUGUGGGCAAUGGUCCUUGCGAGGUCACGGUGCAGUCACCCAUUCCCUUCAAUGAUGAUCGAUGGCACCACGUGAGGGCAGAGAGGAACAUUAAAGAAGCCUCACUUCAAGUGGAUCACCUCCCUCUCAAGAUUCAACCUGUCCCUGCCGAGGGCCACUUGCGCUUACAGCUCAACAGCCAGCUCUAUGUGGGUGGGACAGCCACCAGACAGAAAGGCUUCCUGGGAUGCAUUCGUUCUCUGCAGCUGAAUGGGAUGGCCCUGGAUCUGGAAGAAAGAGCCACAGUGACACCAGGAGUGGAGCCAGGGUGUGCGGGACACUGCAGCAGCUAUGGACACUUGUGUCACCAUGGAGGGAGAUGUACUGAGAAACCCAGAGGGAUCUCCUGUGACUGUGCCUUCUCAGCAUAUGAUGGGCCAUUCUGCACACAAGAGAUUUCUGCAUACUUUGGAAUGGGCUCCUCAGUGAUCUACAAUUUUCAAGAACAUUACAAUUAUACCUCCAGUAAGAACUCCAGUUCCUUUGCAGCUUUAUUUCAUGAGAAGCUCACAUUGACCAGGGAGACGGCCACAAUGAGCUUCCGAACCACUGGGACCCCCACCUUACUGCUCUAUGUGAGCUCCUUCUAUGAGGAAUACCUUUCUGUUAUCCUUGCCCCAAAUGGAAGUUUGCAGAUUAGGUAUAAGCUAGACAAACACGAAGCACCUGAUGUUUUUAACUUUGAUUUUAAAAACUUGGCUGAUGGGCAGCUUCAUCAUGUGAAGAUUAACAGAGAAGCAGCAAUGGUCUUUGUAGAGGUUAACCAGAAUGUAAGGAGGCAAGCCAUCCUGUCGUCAGGGACAGAAUUCAAUGCUGUCAAAUCCCUUACACUGGGGACAAUAUUAGAGACCUCCGGCGCGGACCCCGACACGCGGCGGGCAGCGGCGCGCGGCUUCACCGGCUGCCUCUCGGCAGUGCGCUUCAGCCGCGCAGCUCCCCUGAAGGCAGCGCUGCGCCCCAGCCGCCCUGCGGUGGUCACCGUCCGCGGCCACGUGGUCGCCGCGUCCAGCUGUGCGACGGGGGCUGGGUCUGGCUCCCUGGCUCAGGAACUGGCUCCCCGCCUCGUGGGGGGUGCAGGACGUUCUGGACCAACAGAUGAGGGCCAGCCCUUAGUUAAUGCAGACACAAGGGACUCUGCGGUCAUCGGAGGUGUGAUAGCAGUUGUGAUACUUAUCUUGCUCUGCGUCACCACCAUAGCUAUACGCAUUUAUCAACAGAGGUGGUUUUAUAAAAAAAAAGAGUCAAAUAUCUCAAAAAAUGGAGACAAUGCUGAGAUUGCUCUGAAAAGUGUGAUCAAUAUGCAGAAUACAGUAAAUGAAAGUCAGAAGGAGUAUUUCUUCUGA